CUCGCAUCAGCAUCACGGGGUCUAAUCGCUCUUUCUCCAUCACCGAGGCGUAGGAGGCGUCUAUCAAACCUGUGGAGCGUCUGUCUGUCUGGGAAGCGCCGCUGUCAUCCCGUAACACUCAACACAUUCUCGGCUUAAAGGAAGUUGGAGCGAACAGCUGUGCGCACGCGCUACAUUUGGGAGUCAAUCGAGCAGCCAUGGACAUGUUCAAGAAGGGUUUCUCCAAAGCCAAAGACGGGGUCGUGUUGGCGGCGGAGAAAACCAAGCAGGGAGUGACCGGAGCGGCGGAGAUGACGAAGGACGGGGUCAAGUUUGUCGGUAACAAAACAAAGGAUGGAGUCACAACAGCUGUGUCUGGAGUAUCACAGGUGGGUGGAGCCGUGGUUACCGGGGUUACCGCAGUAGCCCACAAAACGGUGGAGGGAGCAAGCAACAUUGUCGUUGCCACCGGGUUGGUCAAGAAGGAUCCGGCCAAAAGUGAAGAAGCCUCAGCAGCACAGGACAUGGCAGAGUCACCGGUUGAUGCCGACCUGUCUGAGGCUACAGAGGACGACACCGAUGACAACUGAGGGAGAACCUCACGGUCGAAGACCAACGACCCAAACAUUCCAUGUCGCUCUGCCAAGUCCCGUUGUGCCUCGUUUUGGUCCUCUAUGGAGUCUGUGCCCAACAUCUAUGUGUGUGUGUGUUUCUGUUUGCGUUGUUACGUAUGUCUGAACAGUAUUACAUGUUGUCGAGAAAGAGAUAUAUUGUGUGUGUGUGUGUGUGUGUGUGUGUGUGCGCCUUUUACACAUCAGUCCUGAAAGUGAGUAAUUACAGUGAGUAAACGUGUGUGUGUGUGUGUGUGUGUGUAUGUUGUAUUCACCUGUGUGGCUAAUUCUCAAACAUUGAAAUAUAACACGUCAAGCGCCUAAAUGUCUCGAUAUUAAUGAAGAAUUGACAGUGAUCGGUUUGAGAUGGACGUGUAAUGAUAUUCUCUACUUUUGUGUGUCGUCGCUGUAUUUUGCGGUGGGCUUCAAAGUGCGGAGCUGUUCGUGGAUUCAUAUUGUAUUUUCUAAUUUAUCACCGCUGUGACAAAUACAUCUCAUACUGAAUGGACUUUUGGAAAACCAAGAGAAUGUAUAACUACUCGUCUGCACAAUGAAUUUAGUUGGAGUUAAGUGUUAAAUAAAAAUAAGUACGAAAAUGUG